AUGACACAACGGGUCUACCAAGCCUGGAAAGGAAGCAAUAAGUUUAUCUUUGGUGGGAGAGUGAUAUUUGGUCCAGAUGCUAGAUCAGUGCCACUUACCGUGCUGCUUAUCCUGGUUCCAGUUGUUUUAUUCUGUGUGUUUGUAGCUAGGCAUCUUCUCCAUGAGUUCUCUCCCCACAACGCUGGAUACGCUAUCUUGGUGGUGCCGAUUCUGUUCACUAUCUAUGUGUUUAUCCUCCUAUCUUUCACAUCUGCAAGAGAUCCUGGUAUUGUCCCUAGAAACUCGCAUCCACCAGAGGAAGAUCUACGCUAUGAGACAACAGUAUCAGCAGAUGGAAGACAAACACCUUGUGUUCAAAUUCCUAGGACGAAAGAAGUCAUCGUUAAUGGCACCACCGUUAGAGUCAAAUACUGCGAUACCUGCAUGCUUUACAGGCCUCCUCGUUGCUCUCACUGUUCCAUUUGCAACAACUGUGUCGAGCGCUUUGAUCAUCACUGCCCCUGGGUGGGCCAAUGCAUUGGACUGAGAAACUAUAGGUACUUCUUUAUGUUUGUUUCUUCGGCAACUCUUCUCUGCGUGUAUGUGUUCUCCAUGUCGGCUUUUUACAUCAAUAUUAUAAUGGAACAUCAACGCGGAACCGUAUGGAUGGCUAUGAGAGAAUCACCUUGGGCGGUUGCGCUGAUGAUCUAUUGCUUUAUUGCCCUGUGGUUUGUUGGAGGCCUCACAGGGUUUCACUCGUACCUCAUUGGUACCAACCAGACAACGUAUGAGAAUUUCCGGUACAGACCAAACAGCAGAACCGUGGCCUAUAACCGUGGGUGUGCAAACAAUUUCAUGGAGGUGUUUUGCACGAAGGUUAAGCCCUCAAGGAACAACUUCAGAGCCUUUGUCGAAGAAGAACCUCCAAGAGUUGUUACUCUACCAACCAUCGUCACCAAUAUCAACAAGCGAUCAGCCGAAGCAGAGGAUGAGAUCGGGAGCCGGAGACAGAAAGUGGAAGACGAUCUAGACAUUGGGGACGAUCUUAUGAACUUAUCACAGCGGUGUAAUCCAGCAGAGGCCAGCAACGACCAACCUCAUCAGACUUUGGACAUUGACCAAUUGGCCCUUGGGGUUGCUGAUAGAGCAGCGACGAUAAGGACAGAGACAAGGCAUGGGAGCUGGGGAAGAAGAAGUGGGAGCUGGGAUAUAGCAGCAGAUGUAGCUAAUUCUAAUGUCCGGGAGAGUUAAAGCUAAUUGCAAAGGGAGGAAGAUGAUGAUGAUUGCUUUUGUUUUUAAUUGCUCCAAACAUUUGGGGGGUUUCUUUUAGGACAGAAGUGGGAAGAUCUGAUUUGGUUUUGGGGAUUUGCCAAUCAGUUCAUGUAAUCUUUGAGUGUAUUAUUCCCCUUACUAUCUUCCUUUCGUUUCCUUAAAUAUGUAUUGUGUUGUUUUCUUGAUCUUAUGAGAAGUUGUUAUUAUAUCUGAA